AUGGGAAUAUUUUGUUUUGAAUUUUUGUUGAAAGUGAUAGCGUUUGGAUUUAUACUUCAUAAGGGAUCGUAUCUUCGCUCAGGAUGGAAUAUUAUGGAUUUUAUUGUUGUUGCCUCAGGUGUGGUAACGAUGCUGCCUCUUUCAUCAUCGGAUGGCGAAGGUCGAGGCUCUAUCGACCUCAGGACACUUCGCGCCGUUCGUGUCCUCAGGCCGCUCAAACUUGUCUCCGGCAUACCAAGCUUACAAGUGGUACUGAAGUCAAUACUGUGCGCGAUGGCACCAUUGCUGCAAAUUGGCUUGCUUGUGCUCUUUGCGAUUGUCAUAUUUGCCAUCAUUGGGCUUGAGUUCUACUCCGGCAUUUUCCACUCCGCCUGCUACAAUGCGCGCGGUGAAAUUGAAAAUCUCAGCGAGCGUCCAUUUCCGUGUUCCAACAAAUCCGCAGCAACGGGUGCAUAUAACUGUGAGGUUGAGGGUACAGUAUGCCUUACUCAGUGGAUUGGACCGAAUUACGGUAUCACCUCGUUUGAUAACAUUGCAUUUGCUAUGAUUACUGUAUUCCAGUGCAUUACCAUGGAGGGAUGGACCACUGUCAUGUACUAUGUUAGUUUCGCGUUGUUAUUCGCCUGA